UAUGUAUGUAUAUAUAUGUAUAUAUAUAUUUAUACAUAUGUAUAUAUAUAUAUAUACAUCAACAUAUAUCAUCGCAUAUGUAUUAUAUGUAUGUAUGUUUUAUGUAUGUAUGUAGGUAUGUAUGUAUGUAUGUAUGUAUGUAUGUAUGUAUGUAUGUAUGUAUGUAUGUAUGUAUGUAUGUAUGUAUGUAUGUAUGUAUGUAUGUAUGUAUGUAUGUAUGUAUGUAUGUAUGUAUGUAUGUAUGUAUGUAUGUAUGUGUGUAUGUGUGUGUGUAUAUUAUAUAUAUAUUUAUGUAUAUUAUAUAAGUAUAUAAAAGUGAGUUAA